AUGGAACCCGAGUCUUUUCAUGAAACUUCGGAAAGAACCCAUCCAAUCAACAUCUCUUUAUCGUCCAAGACUUCUGGAGAUCAAAAUCUUUCGCUUCAGAGCUUUCAUUCGAUUCCUGAAGGUGCUGAUACAGAAGCGGACACUGCCUUGACGACCUCUAUUGAAGACGACGUGAACGUCGUUAAUGAAGUGGUAAAAAGUACCACUGUGGAAACCCUUCAGCAUAGUGAACCUAGGAAGGGGCGUGAUUAUGUGAAAGAACUUCUUGAAAUGUCGCAGCCACCUGCCAGCGACCUUGAGUCAAAUAAGAUGUCAGGCGUUAGCGGAGAAAACCAUCUCGCUGAAAGCAGAGGAAGUAUGUUGAAUGUUUCUGAUGUUUUGGUAUCGACCACCAAAAAGCACCCGAACAAUACUACUACACACAAUGCCGACGGCGGCAUUGGCUUGAUCAGCGUGCUUCAUCCUCAAAUUAAGGAAGCCGUUAACUCUGCUGCUAAUCGAACAGUGCACAGAAGAGUUUCUAACUCGUCGAAUUUCCCUUAUGAUCAAGCGGUUUCGGUUCGACCUACUGAAUACAUAUCUUCCAACACAAACGCCAAGCACUAUAUUCGCAGAGGGCGAAAGAAAUCUGAACUGGUCGUCAAAGAGUCCCGUCAUGUACAAAUGGUAUCGACGAACAUCGUCAGUGCCGCCGGUCAUCGUUCAAAACAAGGGGAAGUUCAGGUUACACACGUGGAGAGUAAAAGUACCCUAAAUUCGACCCAUCAUUUCGAAACGUGGUUUUCUGAACGACGCUCUGAGGAGCAGCUAGACCAUCAAUACGAGCUGCAAAACGUGGUUUCGAACGGUCCUUGGCCUUUAUUCGACGCUUCCGGAAAUUCUUCCACUUCCGGAAAAGUUCACCAAAGCACGGAUGUUGAUUCCUGCAACUGUUCUUGCCAAAAUCCCCAAGCAACAAGUCCCCAACAACGGACAAAUUUUGACCGAAAGCCGCCACUGCAACACCUAUUCACCGGACUUGUGAAGUUUUCACCAGCUGCGGACAACCAUCCCGAAAAUGUUAACACUCAGAGAAUCGAGUGCGAUCACUGCCCUCCGCUGAAAGGCGUCAUCUGUCUGCCUGGUUUUGUGGAAAUCAGUGGCAUUUGCGCAGGUAAGUUGUCUGUCGCCUCUUUACUCAUUCUGUUGUUCUAG